UUUUUGCAUUUUUGAAAUCCAAUUCCUCCAACGGUUCCCUCCUCUCUCUAUCUCUCUCAUCGCAUCAUUGCAAGUGAAGAAGAGAUCAAGGGACAACCUGGUAACACAUUCGUGUUCGACUUCCUCAGUUGAUUAAUCUCAACUUCUUCACUUGGCCCUAAGUGAUGCAAGAUUUUAUCGGCUCAGUUCGUCGAUCUCUAGUGUUCAAACCCUCCGCCGGCGGUGGGGGAAAUGAAAAUGGUGUCGGCGAUUCUUUCGGUGGAUUUGUCGAAAAGAUCGGUUCAAGCAUUCGUAAAUCAAAAAUCGGACUUUUCUCUAAGUCUUCCAUUCAGGCCCUACCUCCAAGCAGACCGGUGGCGAAGACCAAAAACGAAGAGGCCGGCUCCCAGAUCCGAUGGCGGAAAGGAGAAUUAAUCGGUUGUGGGGCAUUUGGUAGGGUUUAUAUGGGAAUGAAUCUCGAUUCAGGGGAGCUACUUGCUGUCAAACAGGUUUCUGUUGUUGUAAAUACUGCUUCAAAGGACAAAACGCAGGCACACAUCCGGGAGCUUGAAGAAGAAGUGAAGUUAUUGAAGAAUCUUUCACAUCCAAACAUUGUUAGGUAUCUGGGAACUGCUAGAGAGGAGGAAUCAUUAAAUAUCUUCCUGGAAUUUGUUCCAGGUGGAUCCAUCUCAUCACUCCUAGGAAAAUUUGGUUCCUUCCCUGAAUCUGUGAUAAGAAUGUACACAAAACAAUUAUUAUUAGGGCUGGAAUAUCUCCACAAAAAUGGUAUUAUGCAUAGGGACAUCAAGGGGGCAAAUAUUCUUGUUGAUAAUAAAGGAAGGAUCAAACUUGCAGAUUUUGGUGCCUCAAAGAAAGUUGUAGAGCUGGCUACAAUGACAGGCGCAAAGUCAAUGAAGGGUACCCCAUAUUGGAUGGCUCCUGAAGUUAUACUCCAAACUGGCCAUAGCUUCUCUGCUGAUAUAUGGAGUGUUGGAUGCACUGUUAUUGAAAUGGCAACUGGAAAGCCUCCAUGGAGUCAACAAUAUCAGGAGGUUGCUGCUCUCUUUCAUAUAGGAACAACAAAAGCUCAUCCACCUAUACCAGAUCAUCUUUCUGCAGAAGCAAAGGAUUUUUUGCUAAAAUGCCUCCAAAAGGAACCAAAUCUCAGGCCUGAUGCAUCAGAGUUACUACAGCAUCCAUUUGUUACUGGAGAGUAUGAGGAGUCUCAUCCUGUCUUUCGCACAUCAGUUAUAGCAACACCUAGCAAUCAAAUUCCAACAUCCAUGAAGCAACCUAGAAGCAUAUGCAUGAACAUGAAAACAAGUGGUAGUGGUGGAAUGGUGGAUGCUGAUGAUAAAGAUAGUGUAAGGUGCUCAACUAUAUACCCUGAGAAAUUUUCUGGAUGGGGUUCAAGUAGAUAUGAUGAUGACAUGUGUCAAAUGGAUGAUGAUGAUCUAAUGGCUGGGAACACAUCUAUGAAAUUUGAAUUUAAUGAUGCCAAUAAGAGUUUUAACCCCAUGAUGGAACCUGAUGAUGACGUGGCAUGUCAGUUUGAUGCGAGUCCUGAAUUUGGAAAGGAUGUAGCUGCUAAAUUGUUUCCAGAUGAAGUUUGUGAGAUGACUGCAGAUGGAGAUAAUGGUUUUAGUUUUCCUUCAGGGGUAGAGGAGGAAGAAGAAGUUACAGAAACAAAGAUCAUAGCAUUCAUUAAUGAGAAGGCUUUAGAUCUGAAGAAGAUGCAGACGCCUCUAUAUGAAGAAUUUUACAACUCCAUGAAUACAACAAUUACUCCUGUUGGGAAUGAAAACAAGGAAAAUUUAUCAAGCAACCUGCACUUACCUCCGAAAAGCAGCAGAUCACCUAUUAGGCGGCUAAGAAAGAGAUUAUCUUCAGCUGUUGACAUUUCCAGUCCUGGUAAUAAUAAUAAUAAUAAUAAUUCUGAGAGCUUAUCGCGUGUUGCUGGUGUAAAUGAUCAAAAUCCACAUGAAUGUCGGUCUCCUCAGAAUGAUUCUCAAGUAGAGGCCAUUAGUCCAAGGGCAAGCUUCUCAGAGAGGCAAAGAAGAUGGAAAGAAGAGCUCGCGGAAGAGCUUGAAAGAAAACGAGAGAUGAUGAGGCAAGCAGGGGUAGCAAAAACAUUGUCCCCAAAGGAUCGGAUUAUAAAUAAGCAAAAAGAACGAUUGAGAUUGGGCAAGGAACAGACGAACGAAAGGCAGAUCGAUGGGAGGUCCGGUGCGGCUGGGAAAUCACGAGGAGGGAAAAGGGUGUCCGUCGAGACCGAUAACCCCUUGUUGGUUUACAACUCUUCUUCAUUGAUCGGGAAAGGGAAGAAGGAACACGAAUGA